UCAUCAUCAUUAUCACCGACAUUAUUAAAUAAUGAUGAUAAUAAUCAUCAUCAUCAACAUCAUAAUCAUAAUGGUCUUCAACAUAGUGGUAGUGGUCAGAAUAAUAAUAAUAAUAAUAAUAAAAGAACAUGUCGUGAAACAUUAGCAAUGAUUAUUAAAGAACAGCAACAACAACAACAACAACAACAGAAUCAAAAUAUUGAUAAUCAUCAUCAUCAUCAUCAUCAUCAUGUAAAUAAUAAUCAUGAACAAAGAGAAUUAUCUACAUAUUUAAAAUUAAAUAAUUUAUCCACUAAUACGGCUACUACGAUUACGACACCGCAACAACAUUCACCAAUGACAGUUAAAUCAAUGCGGCAAGCACUAAAUUCAUCAUCAUCAUCAUCACCAUCACAAUCAUCGCCAUCAUCAUUAACAGGAUCAUUUAAUGCUCAUAGUAAAUAUAAUCAUCAUCAUCAUCAUAAUCAUAAUCAUCAUUUUUCCACAACGAAUAACAACAACAACAAUAGUAGCAGUAGUAAUAAUAAUAGCUUAACAUCAGUUAGUUCAAUUCCAGCUAAUCAAUUACGUGCACAUGUUAAUAAAGUUGAUGCAGAUGAAAUCACUGAUCUCGAAGAAUUGGAACAAUUUGCUAAAACAUUUAAACAACGUCGUAUUAAGCUUGGUUUCACACAAGGUGAUGUUGGUUUAGCAAUGGGUAAACUAUAUGGUAAUGAUUUCAGCCAAACAACAAUAUCACGUUUUGAGGCAUUGAAUCUAAGUUUUAAAAAUAUGUGCAAAUUAAAACCAUUAUUGAAACGAUGGCUUGAAGAUGCCGAUGCAUCAUUGAAUAAUCCAUCCGGUACGAUUUCCAUACCAAGUCCAGCAGCAUUAGCACAAAUGCCCGAAGCUGUUAGCGGUAGACGGCGUAAAAAACGUACAAGUAUUGAAACAACUGUACGUGUUUCAUUGGAACGUGCAUUCAUACAGAAUCCGAAACCAACAUCGGAAGAGAUCUGUAUGUUGGCCGAUGCAUUAUGUAUGGAAAAAGAAGUGGUACGUGUUUGGUUCUGUAAUCGUCGACAGAAAGAAAAACGUAUUAAUCCACCUGGUCCUGGUUGUGGUUCACCACUUGGUUCAUCAUCACCAACUGAUUUGAUGUUUUAUUCCGGUGGUUCAUAUGGUGAUCAAAUUGGUAAUCGAUCAUCAAAUAGUUCAACAUCAUCAUCAUAUGGUGGUGAUUCUCCACUUCGUACUAUAGCCACUUCUACAUCCGGAAGAUCAUCAAUUGGACAUUUAAAUUCAUCACAACAACAUCAACGUUCUAAACAUCAACAUCAUCAUCAUUCAAUAUCGACCAUAUUAGAUGAUGACGAUGAU